GCGAAUAACUUCUCAGGCAACUUGUUGAUGAUAUUUUUCAGUUGGAGAAAAGGGUGGGAAGGGGGGCUGAUUUCUGUUGCGAAAUUAAUGAAUGCAUGCCACGAGGUGAAGUCGGCCGUUAUACGGUGGCACGCUCCCUUCCCUCCACGUGCCCCCACCACCUCAACUAGUUUUUUUUUUGUAAAUCAUCAAAUCAAUGGCGGCGUCGAUGCUGAGAACGAAGAGCUUUGUGGUGAUGAGAGAGAGAGACGGAGGAGGAGGAAGGCUAGGUCUAUCGAACUGGUGGAACGAAAUCGAGAACUCUGAACAAUGGCAACAAGGCAUCUUCUAUACACUCUGUGCCUCUUAUGCAUUGGUCUCCUUGAUUGCCCUAGUACAAUUUGUCCGCAUUCAAUUGAGAGUACCAGAGUAUGGUUGGACAACACAAAAGGUUUUUCACUUGAUGAAUUUUGUUGUCAAUGGAUUAAGAGCUAUCCUGUUUGGACUGUACAAGACUGUAUUCAGUCUCAAAUCACAAGCACUUGAAAUGAUGCUUCUAGAUCUUCCCGGACUUCUAUUUUUCUCAACAUAUACAUUACUGAUCUUGUUCUGGGCCGAGAUAUAUCAUCAGGCAAGAAGCCUUCCAAUUAAUAAACUUAGACCUGCUUACUUUAUUCUAAAUGGAGCUAUAUAUUUCACGCAGGUAUGCAUCUGGAUUUACAUAAGACUUGGCCAAAGUCGUGCAGCGGUUGAAUUUUCUAAAAUCUUCUUUUCAGUUAUUUGUUUCUGCACUGCUUUGGGAUUCUUGACAUAUGGUGGGAGGUACAGCCAAGAUCACCCCAAACAAAAAAAAAAUUCCAUCAUCAUUUGGUGUUACGAAGAUGUGUUUAUUUUUUGUGCUACAUUAAAUUCUGUGUCCUGUAGGUUGUUCUUCAUGCUGAGGCGGUUCCCUAUUGAAUCUACAGGUCGUCGGAAAAAGCUUCAUGAGGUCGGCUUUGUAACAGGAAUUUGUUGCACCUGUUUCUUGAUAAGAUGCUUUGUGGUAGCUCUCUCUGCAUUCGAUGAGGAUGCUGAUGUCGAUGUCCUGAAUCACCCUAUUCUAAACUUUGUAUAUUACAUGACGGUAGAGAUUUUUCCAUCUGCUCUGGUGCUCUUCAUCCUUCGGAAGCUGCCACCAAGACGCAUAUCAGAUCAGUAUCAUCCUAUUCAGAAAGAAAAGCCCCAGCUUUUUCUUUCUUCUCAAGAAAGACACCACCAAAGAGAGAGAGAAAUCAACAUCCAGGAAGGAGGUCAUAAUUUUGGGUCACCAUAGUUAAUAAUUUGGAUACAAGCUCAGCAACUGUGAACCUACUAUUUCAAGUUGGGAAAAAUAGAGUUGAAAAAGAAGAGGUUGAACAAGAAGAAGAAUGUGUAAAUCAUUUUGUCAAACAGGGUGCUCAACAUUCACUCUGCCGCUGUUGUUUUAACACUGCUAGUUCCAAGUUCAAAUGAAGAGAAGGGUUGUCGUUGUACAA